GAAAUACUUCGGGAUCACCUAUUGCCGAUACACCACUCUCAGCAGAUUAUCUGGAAGGAAGUCGAUGUGCAACUAUCCAGGAACGAUAAUAGCAGUCGCUGAGAGCAAUCUCCGUGAUAAACGAGAAUGCUAUCUCAACCAUCUCAAAGCAAGAGGCUGGACAUGCUGUCAAUGUGGAGAAGACCGCAACAGAAUGGACGGUUGCGUAUGUCCUCCAGAGGGUCACCGAAUGGGCGAUUGUGAACACUAGGUCUGCACUCGAUGCCGAUACUCAUAGAACCAAAUCUACCAACUUAUAGAGAAGAUCUCCCAUUCACCAAGUUGUCUAGCAGAUGAGAUAGACAAAGUAGCACCUGUGGUUUCGUGGCUACUUCGAGUAUAUGGCGCAAAUGGUACCGCAUCGCACGACGUCUUGUCAAGACUCUCGUUCCUCACGAGGAAAGUCCUCUCGACAGCGAGAAAGUUUUGAGUCAACAAAAUCUACAAACAGUACUUAUCUAUCGACGAAU